AUGCGAAUCCCGAGGGCUGGCCCUCGCUCCAGCAAUGACCCCAGCCACCUCGCCCCCUUCUUACCCCCCAGCCGCCUGCCUGGCCUUCCCCCGGGCGGGCCUCACUAUCCCCACCGCCCCUGCCCGCCGCUCCCCCGGCCCCCGCCUCCCCGCCGGGAGAGCAGGAGCGGCGGGCCCGGCCCUCUCCCCUCCCCGCAUCCCAGGCUCCCAGACCCGGCAGCCCCGCGGGCCCGCUCCCGCCCCGGCCCCGGCCGCCCGUUCUGCUCGAGCCUCACCGGUCCCCGAUUCGGGCUCAGCGGCCCAUCCGGCCGGUCUCGCCUCUCGGUGCGCUGCAGGAUCGGGGGUUGCGGCCCAGGACGCGGGAUUGGUCCGUGCUGGCUCUCCUCGGCCUCCCGCGCCGCCUCCUCCCACGGCUGCCACCUCCGUACCCACCCCCCCGUCGGCCCACGGAGCCCGAACCACGGCCAGGCCCGGACGGAAGUGACGUCACGAUGGGACAGCCCGCCCCGGGGCCGGGCCCGCGGAGCUCCGCCCACUGGCUGGCGAGACGAGAGGGCUGGGGCCCGCUCCCGGGGCAGCGGAGCCCCCACCCCUGGGAAGCCCCUCCCGUCGGGCAGCGCCGCCUUUAUAAGCGGGUUCCCUGGCCGGGGGCGGCAGCGGCUGGUCGGCGGCAGCUCUGCUGGUGCGGGGGCGGCGAGCCGAGGACCGAGCGACCGCGGCCGGAGCGCGCCGGCCACCGCCCGCACCGCCCUUCCGCCCGCCCUCCGGACGGCCGCAGCCCUGCGGGUCUCCGCUCCAGACCCACCCCCGCCCCACCCCGCGCGCCUCUGCCGCCUCUUCCAGAGACCCAGCUUGCUGAGCGGCCGCCGCUGCCGCUGUCGCCGCCGCCGCCGCCACCGCGCCAGGUUCCGGCCGCGGCCACCCUCCGCCGUCCAGGGCUCCUCCGUCCCGGCCCCGGGACCCCGGCUCCCCGCCAGCCCCGGCCCCGGCCCCGGCACCAUGUCGGAGAAGAGCGUGGAGGCAGCGGCCGAGUUGAGCGCCAAGGACCUGAAGGAGAAGAAAGAGAAGGUGGAGGAGAAGGCCAGCCGAAAAGAGCGAAAGAAAGAAGUGGUGGAGGAGGAGGAGAACGGAGCUGAGGAGGAAGAAGAAGAAACUGCCGAGGACGGAGAGGAGGAGGAUGAAGGGGAAGAAGAAGAUGAGGAAGAAGAAGAAGAUGAGGACGAAGGGCCCGCGCUGAAGAGAGCUGCUGAAGAGGAGGAUGAAGCGGAUCCCAAGCGGCAGAAAACAGAAAAUGGGGCAUCGGCCUGAGCCCCCUGCCAAUGGGCUGGGGGUGGGAGGCCCCUCCGGGCCUGGAGGUGGGGGUGAGAACAGACGAGUUGCAGCCACUCUUCACCUGGCUCCUGGCUCUGGACCCUGCACCAGAGCUGCCACCCUCUUUGUCCCCAGCCUUUCUCAUGUCCCCUCUCCAGACACCGCCCCUUGUAUCCUCACUCUGCCAUUGUUCCACCUCUUGACCUGCUCCAUCUGAGCUCCCCAGCUGGUCCCCAGUCGCUCCUCUCCCUGUCCUUGCUCUCUCUCUCCCUCCCCCCCCCCCCACGACCCCGGUAGCCUCUCCUUCCUCACCACUGCAUCCCAGCCUCAUGUCCGGUCCAUCCCUACCCUGCCUGAUCCCUGGGUCUCCCUCAGAUCCCCUUCUCUCAGACAGCGCCAGGCCGGGGUGGGGCCAGGGUUGGGGCCGAGCCCCACAGCUGCCCCCUUCCCCUCUCCUCCCCUUUUUGUAUAAUUUAAUAAAGAAACGGUCGCGCUUCUGUUUUUAA